CGCCACUCCGCGCCCCUCGCUCCGCGCCGCUCCGCGCCCCGCUCCCGCCAUGCCGCCGCUCCGGCGCCCCGCCGCCGCCUCCCUCUUCCUCCUCCUCCUCUUCCUCCUGGUGCUGCGCCGCCGCCCCGCCGCAGGGCUGGAGUACAGCGACGUGCUCCCCGACUCCUUCCCCUCGGCGCCGGCGGAGACCCUCCCGCACUUCCUGCUGGAGCCGCAGGACGCCUACAUCGUGAAGAACAAGCCCGUGGAGCUCGUCUGCCGCGCCAACCCCGCCACGCAGAUCUACUUCAAGUGCAACGGCGAGUGGGUCAACCAGAACGACCACGUCACGAAGGAGAGCCUGGAUGAGCUCACCGGGAUGCUUGUGCGGGAGGUGCAGAUCGAGGUCUCCCGGCAGCAGGUGGAGGAGCUCUUUGGCUUAGAGGAUUACUGGUGUCAGUGCGUGGCCUGGAGCUCCGCGGGGACCACGAAAAGCCGGAGGGCGUACGUCCGGAUAGCAUACCUGAGGAAGAACUUUGACCAGGAGCCACUAGGCAAAGAGGUCCCCCUGGAGCAAGAGGUCCUGCUGCAGUGCCGUCCACCCGAGGGGGUGCCGCAGGCAGAGGUGGAGUGGCUGAGGAAUGAGGAUGUUAUCGAUCCCACCCAGGACACCAACUUCCUGAUCACCAUCGAUCACAACCUCAUCAUCAAGCAGGCCCGGCUCUUGGACACUGCUAAUUACACCUGCAUGGCCAAGAACAUUGUGGCCAAGCGCCGGAGCACCACAGCUGCCGUCAUUGUCUACGUGAACGGUGGCUGGUCUACCUGGUCCGAAUGGUCUCCUUGCAACAAUCGCUGUGGCCGGGGCUGGCAGAAGCGCACCCGGACUUGCACCAACCCAGCACCGCUGAACGGCGGGUCCUUCUGUGAUGGGCAACCUUUCCAGAAAAUAACCUGCACCACCCUCUGCCCAGUAGAUGGAGCGUGGACGGAGUGGAGCAAGUGGUCGGCCUGCAGCACGGAGUGCACCCACUGGCGGAGCCGGGAGUGCUCUGCCCCAUCCCCCCGCAACGGCGGCAAGGACUGCAGCGGCGUGCUGCUGGACUCCAAAAACUGCACCGACGGGCUGUGCAUGCAGAAUAAAAGAGUUCUAAGCGAACCCAAAAGCCACCUGCUGGAGGCCACAGGCGACGUGGCCCUGUAUGCUGGUCUGGUGGUGGCCGUUUUCGUCUUCAUCGUAAUCCUCAUGGCUGUCGGGGUGGUGGUGUAUCGGAGGAGGUGCCGGGAUUUCGACACGGACAUCACAGACUCAUCAGCUGCUCUGACUGGAGGUUUUCAUCCAGUCAACUUCAAAACCUCCCGGCACGACAACCCUCAGCUGCUGCACCCGUCGAUGCAGCCGGACCUGACCGCCAGUGCCGGGGUGUACCGCGGCCCCAUGUACGCCCUGCAGGACUCCUCCGACAAGAUCCCCAUGACCAACUCCCCCCUGCUCGACCCGCUGCCCAGCCUCAAGAUCAAAGUGUACAACUCCUCCACGACGUCCUCCUCGCCGGGGCUCCACGACGGGACGGACCUGCUCGGAGGGGUCCCCCCAACGGGCACGUACCCGGGCGAGACCGCCAGGGACAACCACUUUGGGAGCGUGCGGAGCAAGGCGCUGGGCUCCCAGCAUCUCCUCAGCCUGCCCCGGGAGCAUGGCAACAGCGCCAGCGGCACGUUCGGCUACCUGGGAGGAAGGCUCACUAUCCCGGGCACGGGGGUGAGCCUGCUGGUGCCGCACGGGGCCAUUCCUCAGGGGAAGUUCUACGAGAUGUACCUGAUCAUCAACAAGGCGGAGAGCGCCCUCUUGCACUCCGAAGGCAGGCAGACGACCGUGCUGAGCCCCACGGUGACCUGUGGGCCCACGGGCUUGCUUCUGUGCCGCCCCGUCGUCCUGACCAUUCCCCACUGUGCGGAUGUCAGCUCCUCAGACUGGAUGUUCCAGCUGAAAACGCAGUCCCACCAGGGAAACUGGGAGGAGGUUGUGACCCUGGAUGAGGAGACCCUCAACACUCCCUGUUACUGCCAGCUAGAAGCAAAGUCUUGCCACGUUUUGUUAGACCAGCUUGGCACCUACGUCUUUGUGGGAGAGCCCUACUCCAGGUCAGCCAUCAAGAGACUCCAGCUGGCUAUCUUUGCCCCCACCAUUUGCACCUCGCUGGAGUACAGCCUCAAAGUCUACUGCUUGGAGGACACGCCAGAUGCACUGAAGGAGGUGCUGGAGCUGGAGAGGACACUGGGUGGCUAUCUGCUGGAGGAACCCAAGCCCUUGCCGUUCAAGGACAGCUACCACAACCUGCGUCUCUCCAUCCAUGACAUCCCCCACUCGCUGUGGAGGAGCAAGCUGCUAGCCAAGUACCAGGAAAUCCCCUUCUAUCACAUCUGGAGUGGCAAUCAGCGAGCCCUGCACUGCACCUUUACCCUGGAGAGGUACAGCCAGGCCUCCACGGAGCUCACCUGCAAGAUCUGCGUCCGGCAAGUGGAAGGGGAAGGGCGGAUUUUCCAGCUCCAUGUCACACUUGGAGAGAAUGCCAGCACCUUCGAUGGCCUCCAUUCACACCACAGCAGUGCUGUGACGACCCAGGUGGGACCCUACGCCUUCAAAAUCCCCCUCUCCAUCCGGCAGAAAAUCUGCAACAGCCUGGAUGCUCCCAGCUCCAGGGGAAAUGACUGGAGACUUCUCGCGCAGAAGCUUUCUGUGGACCGGUAUCUCAACUACUUUGCCACCAAAGCCAGCCCCACCGGGGUGAUCCUGGACUUAUGGGAAGCUGAGCACCAAGACGACGGUGAUCUCAACACCCUGGCCAGUGCCUUAGAAGAGAUGGGCAAGAGCGAAAUGCUGGUAGUCAUGGCCACAGAGGGCGACUGCUGAUGAUGCUCCCCACGGCUGGCAGCCCUCAGCCAAGGAGGACGGCGCGAAGGGAAGAGCUGGAGGACGAAACCGGGGCCUUCCCGAACUGCUGGGCAAAGGCCGCGCGGAGGGAAGGCGCGACCGUCCCCGUGCUGCGGCCGAGCGAGGGCGGGCUGAGGCCGGCCGCUUCUCCCAUUCCUCCCUCCCCACAUCGCUGUCAGCCUUAGAGACCGAGCCUCCGCGUUUACCUUCAAUUCAGGUGUUACGCAGCCUUCCUCCUCCUCUUCCUCCCGGCCGUCCCCGGGACGGCGGUGUCGGUGAAGGGGCAGCCGCUGCCCGGGUUUGCCGUGUGGGGAGGGAUUAGAGCUUCUCGGGUCGAGGUGGGGGCUUCCUCCUCUUUUUGUUUGUUUGGGUUCACCUUCCCUUUGGUUCUCCUCCUCCUCCUUUAAUAGCAUUCACGCGUUGAAGAGAUGAGUACAAUCUAGACAAACCGCUUCUGUCAAAAGCUUCGGAUAGCUUAAUAAGGCAAAUAAGAAAGAAAGAAAAAGGAAAAAAAACAGUUUCUUAGGAAACGCAAAUAAUUUAUUAUCCAGAUCUUUGGAUGAGUCCUUUUUUAAAAAAAACAAAAAACAAAAAAAAAAAAAACACAGAAAAAAAGAAAGAUUUAUAAAUCUUUUUUGUGUGAGAGCAAGAGCAUUGUUGUGGUCAGAGAGGCAGAGAGAGAGAUUUAAAUAAACACUGUUUUGUAGUGGAAAUGUGUGAUCAAGUCAAGAAGAACUUGUUUACGUGUCCUGGGACCCCCAGGGAUGUCCAUAGGGAUAAGUGCCUCUAGGCUCCUGUGGUUCAGGAAGGGCAAGCUAAGACUGUCUCCAUGAUUUGCAUUGCAAAAGUCCCUUUCUGCUGCUUGCAGAGCACCUCACAAGCAACCAUGCUGCAGAAGAAUAGGUCUCUCUCUGAAAAUGAGGCUGGAGGGAUGUUGCUGUGCAUUUUUCAUGGCUUUCUUUAAGGAGCAACAUGAUUUGCCACCACUGUUCCUGGCCCUGCACCAGAUGCUUUCCCAGCCCUCCUCCUCUUCCUCCAUUGCUAGUUUUUGCCUUCGCCCAGCCCAGGUCCCUGAAGCGGAGAGGAGAGGGUGGCUCAGCUGCUGUUGGCUGCUCCCCCGCAAACCUGUGAUACAACUGCUCUGGGUCCAAAACGAGCAGUGAAAAUGUUAGGCUGAGUAUGAAGUGUAUUUGAAAUGCCUGGGGGUAGCCGAAGCCUUUGGGGGACUAGAUGGAGUAAUUGUGGAGAUGAGAAGAAGGGAUGAGACUUGUGCUGGAUUAAACCAGUCUGUGGCUGAGGUUGGGGCAUGAAGGGGAUUCCUUCGACACUGCAGUGAGUGACGUGUAAACGUGGAGAGUUACAGUUCAGGGGGUGAAGGGCCAUCUCUCUGGCAUCCGGAGUGCUUCCGGACCCGUAUUUUUAACGGGAAUACUUUCGUGACCUAGUGCGGAGGAGGCUUUUGGAGUGGAUAUGCCUUCAUGUAGAUAACUUAAAAUGCAAACCAAAGAAUUCAGUCCUGCACCCCUAUACUGAUGCGUGGGCCAAAGUUUUCAGAAAAAAGCAGGAGUUUGCAGUUUGCACCCCAAGCGGUGGUUUUGGGGGGGUCCAUGAGCGAGCAGGUUUGGGGCUGUGCUGGCAGCAUGGCCCCGGAGAGCAGGGCCUGGACGUGCAGCGGCGUGUUUGCAAAGCCACGUCCCCCUUGCGCUCACCUGAAGCUUUCGAGUCAGUAUUUCUCUUUGGCUGUGACCCAUCCGAGGAAGGAUCUAUGAGUCGCAAAGCGAGCUAAUCGUUUUGGUACGCGAGGCAGCGUUGUAAGCAGCGACAGGGUUUCCCUCUUCUCAUUGCAGUUCCUUUUUUCUCUCUUUUUUUUCCUGUAAUUGACCUUUAUAGCAGCGGAAAAGUUGGGUGAUGAGUGGAAAGCAAUCACGGGAUAGUCCUUAAGAAGGUUCAGUACAAAGAUAGUGUCUCAAUGAAGGGUAAACACUUAAAUUACCUGCAAACAGAAAUAUUUGCUCACUGAUUGUUUUAUCUUAGAAGUUUGUAUUUAAGGGGGGAAAAAAGAAAGGGAAGGAGCUGCAAAGCUCAAGAUUCAACUAGAUAACGCAACGAGAUUGUGGGUCCUCUGUCAAUGGAAGUAUUAAAAGCAAGUUUUGACCAAGGUCUGUCGGUGGUGUCGUAGAGCAGGUCCUGCUUGGGAAUGCAGUGCUUGUCGCUGGCACAUGGCGCACAAGAGCAUUGGCUUUGGAGGACGGUUCAGGAGAAGUAUUCCGGGGACUGGUAGAGAACAUUGCCCAUACAAGCGUUCGUUCCCCUCCAGGGGUUGCUGUGAACGUGUGGAUGCCUUUAAAGGUGGCACAGUCUGGGUGCAGAGCGGGUGGUCCUGCUCCUGGCACUUAAAUUGCAGAGGGUGUCUGUAGAAGGUGACCUCUACGGAGGAAAAACAGAUAGGAGCAAACCGGUUGUGCUUUGUGUCGGUGCGUGCGUGUUUUCAGUAUUGCAGGUGUCACGCUAACUUUUACCAGGUCGUCUUCGGCAACAUGAGAGGGUCUGCACUAAUUCAGCCCCCCGCCCUUGCCGAGUUCACAACGGCAAACGUUCCCAAGCAUUGCUUCGUGCCCCGUUUGCUCCCUUCUCCCGUGAUUUACUAGAUGAGAACAUAGUUAGGAGCCCAAACAUCUCCCAAGAAUGGGAGGCUCUACCAAGGUGCCCUUGGCGUUUCUGGUUCCCAAACCCUGAAAUCAGUGUGGGAAGCACUCGGAUUGGAUUAAUCUUGGCACCUCUGCGUACAGUGAUUUAACGCAUACUGUCACUCUCUCUUGUGUUUGGGGUUCUCCGGGUUCGUUUCCCAUUGGAUUUCUAAUUCACGUGGGAGAAGGGGGACUUUUUUGCUCCCCAGUACAAGAGGGACGUAGACUAGAGAGUGCAGCGGAGGGCUUCUAAGAUGAUGAAGGGACUGGAGCAUCUCCCCUGUGAGGAAAGGCUGUGAGAGCUGGGACUCUUCAGCAUGGUGAAGAGAAGGCUGAGGGGGGAUCUUAGCAAUGUAUAUGGGGGGGGGGGGGUUGGACUAGAUGAUCUGUAGGGGUCCCUUCCAACCGCAGCCAUUCUGUGAAAUGUAAAUGCCCGUUGCAUUUUAAUGCAGGAAGGGUUUUGCCCAUCUUUUGGUUACGUUUGAGCAUCUGAUUUCUGAAACCUUGCCUCUGAUCUGAGGGAAGAAAUAAACUUGCAAAGUCAGGAAGGAUGGAGCUACCUAACCGGCUUCUGGCGUGCUGCGGGGCUGCAUAGGUGCUGUGCGUGGGCUCGCUUCCGGAGCGCCGUGGUGCUCCUCAGGAGACAAAACGCUCUGCGCUGGGGGCGCAGGGCAGGCGGCGUCUGAAUCUCUCUCGCUCUCAUUCUCGCCGUGUCUGCUUCACGGGCCCCAGCGAUGGUGUGCCUGUCUGUCCGUCCAUCCAUCCGUCCGUCCCCCUCGGACUGCCGCAGGUGCCUCUGUGUCCGCUCCCACCGCUGCGGGCGCUUGUCGUCCUCCCCUUCCUCUCGGCGCGCGGGCCCCAAAGGUCCACGGAGGUGCCGGCGCGCACGCGUUGUUCUCCGUGUCCCUCGGAUCAGGGAAACGGCGCCGGGAGCUGCGAAGGGCCGCGCGGUGCCGGCCUCUGCUGCCGCACGCGCCUCCCGCGGCACCCGGGCCGCGCGUGUCUCGGGAGGGGGACGCCACCUCCCGAGGCUGCGAGGAGCUUUGCGACGCUGAGCAGGCGUCCUGCCGUCUCCGGGAAGGCAAAGCCACCGUCGGUGUCUCGCUGACAGUGUCCGUCCUCUUGCUCUGCGGUCUGCUUCCAUAUUUAUAUGUCUGGGGGAUGGGCCUGGGGGCAUCCUCUAAAAACGCAUCUGUUUGUUCUGUAAACUAAAGAACUGUAAAUAACGUUUAGCAUUCCUAUUGUAACAGAUUAAUUUUUAUGCAAUAAAUUAUAUUUCCUAGUCUAAUAAAAAAUAAUUAAACAAAA